CCUGCUGGAGGUCCACCCACCCCUUUAUCUUUCUUAACAGCCCUCCCAUCCACACCCAUCCACACCCCGCACGCGCACACACACUCCUACACCUCAGCCCUUAGCGUGUGUUCUCAACGGCUCUUAGGAAGUGGACGCGGUUAGGUCCAGAUGUGGGAGGCUCAGCCAAAGCGGGGGUGGGGUGGGUUUGCUUUUUCCACCAUAGUUAGAGCAGAUUCACCGGGGAAGGCGCCUCUCCUGAGAGGUGUGAGGGCAGAAUUUACAGCUCCCCGCAGUGACACAAGUGUGUCUCUGAGGAGUACGAAGUGGUACCGGCAGCUGGAGAAGCAGGGAUGUCUGGUAAGAAGAGCCCUGCUGCAUCAGACUAACGUGGGUCCAUCCAGCCCAGUGGCCGCUUCCCGUAGCAGUCAAGCCGGAUGCUGCUGUGAACCCCACAAGUGGGGCACAGGUCUCCACUGGGUCAGCCUCCCCUCCCCUCCUUGGUGCCUGCUGCUGGGAAGAGAAUGCACCAUGGACCCUUUGUCUGAUCCAACAGGACUCUUCAUCUUACCGCCCCCAGCCAGAAAGUUCACAAGCUGGGCGUGAAGGUGAUGUCAUUCCCCCCAUUGUUUGCCCCCGGUGGACUGCCUUUGAGCAUGGAGGGUCCAUUGAGCAAGCAUGAUUAACAGUGAUUGAUAGGCCUCCUCCCUCUCUGCCAUGGGUUCUCACAUCCUUUUUUGGGUGUGUGCAUAUUUAAGUGAUCUAAACCGGCCGAAACAUGCAGAAAGUAGAUCUCCAGAUGUUUUGGAGUUCAGUUCUCAGCAUUCCUGACCACUGGCCAUGCUGGCAAGUGCUUCUGGGAGUUGUCCAAAACAUCUGGAGAUCUACCUUUUGUCCACCCCUGACCUUAACCAGUAUAACCUUGUGCGGCAGUGAAUUCCAUUGGUUUAUUAUGGUGCAUUGUGUGAAGAAUGGCUGGGAGAAGGUGUGUCCCAGGAGUACAAGUUGAGAAGUACCCAAUUCAUACCUCAGCUCUGGCAUGAGUUUAUGAGAUGGCCUGAGGGGAGCUACUGAGUCUCAGCACCAGUUCCCUUCUCAUGGAGAAGGCCCUACUGAGAUGAAGUGUCCAAACUGGUGUUGUCACUUGAAAAACGUAUGAUUUAAGCCUAUUUACUUGCUUUGGAUCUACAAGACUGCAGACCUAUGAACACUCACCUGAGCAUUUUCAACAUGACUGAGGGAACAGACAGCCUCCACUUCCAGUUUGACAACUACGGCGACUCGAUGCUGCAGAAAAUGGACAAGCUGAGGGAAGAAAACAAGUUCUGCGAUGUCACAGUCCGCAUCGACGACCUGGAGGUGCCCGGCCACAAGAUCGUCUUUGCUGCCGGCUCGCCCUUCUUGAGGGACCAGUUCCUACUGAACGACUCCAGGGAAGUGAAAAUCUCCAUCCUGCAGAGCUCGGAAGUCGGGCGGCAGCUGCUUCUGUCCUGCUACAGCGGUGUCCUGGAGUUUCCCGAGAUGGAGCUGGUGAACUACUUGACGGCAGCGAGCUUUCUCCAAAUGAGCCACAUCGUCGAGCGCUGCACGCAGGCCCUGUGGAAGUUCAUCAAGCCGAAACAGCAGAUGGAAAACAAAGGGCAGGAGGAGCAGCAGACUCACUCUUCAGAACCCAAGGAGCCCCCGGGGGCCGGGCAGGAGGAGGAGGAGGAGGAAGACGAGGAGGAGGAGGAGGACUCCUUGCAGCCUGGCUCCCCUUGCCUCCAGCCCUCUGAAGACAGCUUGGACAUGGAGGACAGCGACAUCCAAAUCGUGAAAGUGGAGUCCAUCGGGGAGGUGUCAGAGGUCAGGAGCAAAAAGGACCAGAGCCAGUUCAUUUCCUCGGGGCAGCAAAGCACCCUCCAUUCGUCGGAGCCCCAGCACUCCCUGAUCAAUUCCACGGUGGAGAACCGGGUGGGGGACGUGGAGCAGAGCCAACUCCACAACUACGCCCUCUCUUACACGGGGGGCGACGGCCUCAUCAUGGCUUCCAAAGACCUGUUUAGCCCCAGCAGCCGGGGGGCGGACAAGGGCCUGCAGUGGCACCACCAGUGCCCCAAGUGCACCCGCGUCUUCCGGCACCUGGAGAACUACGCCAACCACCUGAAGAUGCACAAGCUCUUUAUGUGCCUGCUGUGCGGCAAGACCUUCACGCAGAAGGGCAACCUCCACCGGCACAUGCGGGUGCACGCGGGGAUCAAGCCCUUCCAGUGCAAGAUCUGCGGGAAGACCUUUUCGCAGAAGUGCUCCUUGCAGGACCACCUCAACCUGCACAGCGGGGAUAAGCCCCACAAGUGCAACUACUGCGACAUGGUCUUCGCGCACAAGCCGGUCCUGCGGAAGCACCUCAAGCAGCUCCACGGCAAAAACAGCUUCGACAACGCCAACGAGAGGAACGUCCAGGACAUCGCGGUGGACUUCGAUUCCUUCAGCUGCAGCUCAGGGACGGACUCGAAAAGCGGCCCGCCGGCCGACCCCAGCCAGGUGCUGGAUGCCGGGAAGCUGGUGCAGGCGGUGCUCAGUUUACGGAGCGAAAGCGCCUGUGGGAAUUGAAGCGGCAGUUCACCAGCAUCGGAGCACGGAGAGCCGUCAAAGAGCCGCUUUGGACUUCGACUCGGGCACCAGCCCCUCAAGCUCUACUGAACGAGCGGCGAGGGCUGAACCCCCAAAAUGUAGCAAGUCUUCGACUCCUGUCCUAGAGGGACGUGGCGCCUUAGAGGACUCCAGGCAUCUUUGUUUCCAUUGUGAAAAGAACACCGUGGCUCCAGGCCUGCCCCCGCCGGUAUUUGGAGAGGCGGCACUGGCUAAAGCCCUUUUUCAAAGGCUGGUUGGUGUGUCUCAUGGGCUCCUUGUGGGCCAGUGUACGGAUCAGCUGCGCCCCGUCACGGGUGACUUUUUGAGCUAAAAAAACACUAAACUGAGUUCUUGAAAGAAAGAAAGAAAAAGCACUGGAUAAAUGUAAGCUCUUGAUAUUUGGUAGUCCGUCUGGGAUUUUUUUUUAAAAAAAAAAUUAUAUUGUUCGUUAAAACCAU